AUGGCAUCUAUACCUUAUUUUGGAAUCAUUGAAGAGAUUUGGGAAGUUGAUUUCAUUAAAUUUAAAGUUCCUGUUUUUAAAUGUAAAUGGAUUGACAUAAAUAGUGGCGUCAAAACUGAUGAAUUUGGUUUUACAUUAGUGGAUCUUGAAAAGGCAACUUAUACGGAUGAGCCCUUUAUUAUGGCAUCUCAAGCAAAACAAGUCUUUUAUGUUUGUGAUCCUUCUAACAAAAAGUGGUCAGUGGUUCUUCAAGGUAAAAAAGUACAUGAGCCCAAUGAGAGUCUAUAUUCAACCCUAGAUAUUUUUGAGAGUCCUUUUUCUCAAAGGAAGCCAACUUCCAUUGAAGAAACUAUAGCAGAUGACGUGCACAUGGAUGAUCCAUCAGCUCCUUCACAAAGAGAGAAUGAGACCCGGCCUACUAAAAAGAGGGGUAGACAUGGCACACGAAUGAAAAAAUUGUGUUUACGUGAGAAUGGUGUAAAGAUACCAAUUGAUUUCGAUCCAAGGACCAAAAUACCUUUAGGGGAGAACAGAAAAAAGUUCAAGAGUCAUGUGGGUGCUAUUGCUCGAAACAAAGUCAGCAUUUUGGAGGAAUAUUGGGAUAAUGUAGAUUCAAAAGUGAAGGAUCACAUCUGGGACGAUAUCAUGGAGCAAUGGGAAAUCCGUGAUACCGAUAUUGGAGUAUUGAAAAUAAAAUGGAUUUCCUAUGCGGGUGAGCGUUGGAGGGCUUUUAAAACAGCCCUAACCAGGAGAUAUUUAAAUGAUGGAGAAUUGAGUGACACAUCUCCACUCGAAAAGUAUCCUUUUCUUGAUGAGGAAACAUGGGAGAAGUUUAAGAAGAUGCGAGAGGAUCCUUCCUUUCUGGAGAAAAGAAAAAGGGGAAAAAUGGUUCAAGCUUGUAAUAAAUACCCCCACAUCAUGUCUCGUGGGGGAUAUGAGUUGAUUGAGGAAAAGAUGAUGCAAGAGAAAAUAAAACAAAGACAAGAGUCAGGAGAUUCCCUACUUACACCUCCAUCUCCACCAAAACGCCAUGAGAAAUGGAUAAGAGGACGAACAAAACAAUCAGGAGAGUACACAUCGGAAGAAACACGACUUGUUGCAGAUAAAAUUGAUUCUCUGGUUCAAAAAGAAGCUGAAGGAAGCUUUGUUCCUCAAGGACGUCAAGAUAUCUUGACGGAAGCGAUUGGGCAACCUGAACACCCUGGACGUGUUCGUGGUGUUGGUCGAGGUGUUGGAAUUCGAGACUAUUUUGGUCCACAUCCUCAUAAUGUUUCCUCUACCUCACCUGUUUUAAAUAGCAAACAAAUAGAGGCCAUAAAAUUAGUGCUUACAAAGGAGAUUCGAGAACAAGUGAUGCGGGACAUAUCGUCAAUGCCGGCUUUCUCUCAACAAUAUCCAAAUUUCCCGGUUUGUUCUCCUAAUACCACUAUACGUGCGAGCACGAAUGGUAGUUGUUCAGCAAUGCCGCAUAUGCAAGAGGAUGAGGAGGAUAUCCCUGAAGAGUGUGAAUUAUAUGUUGAUAAGAAACAUCACGUAGUGGCAUAUGCAAAUGUGUAUAAGUUGGGGCCCAUCAUACAUAAUCAAUUGUUAGAUAAUGAUAUGGCAAGGGUGGCGAUAACCAAGGUGCUAGAUUCAAAUGUUCAAGUCCCUAUGCCCACGGAUGAGGUGACAACGGUUGGUGAGGCUCUCAACAAUUUCAUUCAAUGGCCGAAAAGACUUUUGCGUCUUGUUACUAAUAAGGAUGUUGAAGGAAAUAAAAAAGAUUACAUUCCAUCUAAAAGGUCAGAAUCUGAAAACACGGGCGCUGAAAAAUUGAUGUUAAAGAUAAUGUCGCGAAAAGAUGCUGUGAAGUUCAAGUUGGAAGGGGAUGAUUUUUUUUAUCUCCCAAUCAAAGAUAUUAUGGAGUUGUGUAUGAAGACACAAGAUUUACGCAUCUCUAUUCUACGUAUAUGGCUGCUGUAUAUAAAACAGCUUUGUACUCAGUUGGAAAAGAGUAACAUGUAUGGUUUUAUUGAUCCAAAUUUCAUUCAACCACAAAAUGAUCGAGCCAGUUCUCAGUCUCACAUAACUGAAAAGCUGUUUGAAAAUGACAAAGACUGUUUUUUUGUACCAUACCUCAACAACCAUCAUUGGCAAUUGCUCAUUAUUGAGCCAAAGAAACAAAAUGUAGUCUUCCUAUGUUCGAUGGGUUUGAAGCCAGAGAAAAACAUUGUUUUUAUUGUUGAUUCAGCCAUAGAUGGAUAUAAUAGGUUGAAAGGUUCGAGAAAACAGAGAAAGCCAACAUGGAACAUUAAUCUCAAAGUAAGUUAA